UCAGCCGGCGGGGCGACAGACAGGUGAACCGACAUCGCAUCUCAUUGUGGGCAGUUCAAUUACCAAUUUCCAAUUUACCAAUGGCCCGCUGGAUAGGCACGCGUCCGACGCGUAUAUAAACCGCAACAUUUUGCCCAAAACAGCAUCAGUCGCAGCCCAACCAACCUGCAAACCACUUCUCCACAGACUCGUCUCUCACCAGUCACUGAACAUCCCCUCCAACAUGGCCUUCCGCUGCCUCAUCACUCUGUGCGCCCUCGUGGCCUGCGCUCAAGCUGGACUCCUGGCCGUGGCCAAUCCCUCCGUGGAUGCUGUGGCCUCCACGCAGCAGAAUGUGGUCCGCUCCUUUGCCGGCACCGUCUCCAGCUACUCCAAGGCUGUGGAUACGCCCUACUCCAGCGUCCGCAAGAGCGACACUCGCAUCCAGAAUAAUGUGUACACCCCAGCACUGGCCAAGACCACCUACGCCGCUCCGCUGUACACCCAGGCCACGCCCGUCGUUGCCAAGACCCUCGUCCAGGCUCCAGUUGUGCAGAAGACUGUGUAUGCCCAGGCGGCUCCAGUUUACGCUGCUCACGCUCCAGUUGUGGCCAAGGCUGUGUACUCUGCUCCAGCUCCCGUCUAUGCCAAGACUGUCUACUCCGCUCCCGCUCCAGUUGUGCAGAAGACAGUGUAUGCCGCUCCCGCUCCAGUCUAUGCCAAGACUGUGUACUCCGCUCCCGCUCCAGUUGUGCAGAAGACUGUGUACUCCGCUCCCGCUCAAGUCUACGCUGCUCCCGCUCCCGUCUACGCCAAGACUGUGUCCUAUGCCGCUCCUCUGGCCACCACCAAUGUGAACCACGGACCCUCGGCCACCACCUACACCCACAACGCACCCGCCUUGGGUGUGUCCAGCUAUGGCAGCGCCCAGACCGUUCAGUACUCACCUGCCACCAGCGUCUCGCACAUGAGCUUCGAUGGAUUCGGCACCCACUAUGGUUUCUAGGCCAACUGUUCGGCGCACGCUGAGGUUGUUAAAGCUUCUUGUUCAUUUUGUUGCCUGUUAAUAAAACAAAGAUCAAUUGUUGCAAGUUAAACAUGAGCAGAGCAGAGUCACCUUCCGGGCAACCGCAGCCAAGCCUCGGGCCUCAAUCAGCGCAGAUCCAACAAUGGGCGAGCCCUCACCGGCCUCCUCGACCAAAAUUAUAUCAGACUUUGGCAAACCACCUUUCCGCUACGUCAUCGACCUUCGGUGGACUGCGGUGGACUGCGGUGGAGGGUGGAGUGUUGGCUACUUUAAGCGGCUUUGCGAUAAGUCGCGGAGGCGUGGCCGUGUCGUGUAUGUUGCCGCUUAACAUUAUGGCUCUUUAAUUGGAUUUAAUGCAAACAAUAUUCCGCACACCUCCGCCCUCGCUUCCCUUCGGGGCACAGGGCCAGAAGCCAAA